CCCACCACUCUCUGUGUAAAAAUAAAUAAGUAAAUAAAUUACUUACUUACUUAAAAAUAAAUCCCCCCCCUACUUUUUUCCAAUCACCUUAAAAUGCCCUUCAUGUUAAGCUUGCCCACUCUUGGGGGAAAAAGUUCCUGGCUCUCUAUCUGAUCUUUGCCUCUUAUCAUCUUGUGCAUGUCUAACAAGCCACCUUUUAUACUCCUUCUCUACAAAGAGAAAAGUCCUAGUUUUUCACUAGCCUGCCCUUUAGCACUGACUGCUCCCUUCACAGCAAUUCCUUUGACCUAAGAUAACACAGUUCUCACAGGGCCUGAAUGCAAGCCCGAGUUGAAUUCUUCUCUCGCCCGCCCGUCUUACUAUUGAGGAGGAAUUGCUGUUUUCACCAUAUGUUAAUGUGAAGAGUGAACAGUAAAUGGUUAAUCUUACUGCGAUCUGGUUCUUAUUAACUGUGGUUUAUCCGGACGUUAAAUUCGGCGUUUCGUUACACCCGAAGGAGAACGUGACAGUGAAAAAGCGGCAUUAUCAGGUGUUUCAAGUGCUGCAAUGUCAGCUCAAUCCAGCAUCAAGUCGACGCCGCCCAGCGACAAGGGCAGUAAACCGACAUCAAGUAAGUCCGCACAGGCAAGAGCCAAGGCAGAAGCCGCCAAGGUGCGACUGCAUUACGCCAGACAAGAAGCAGUUUUGAAAAUGAAACUGGCCACCAGAGAAGCCGAAAUCCAGAAAGAAGAGGCUGCCAGAGAAGCCGAAAUCCAAAGAGAAGAGGCUGCCAGAGAAGCCGAAAUCCAGAAAGAAAGGGCCGCCCGAGAAGCCGAAAUCCAGUUGGAAAUGGCAAAAAUAUCGACAGAGUUGCAAGUGCUGCAGCUAGAAAGAGAAGAAGCUGCUGCCAUGGCGGAAGCAAAGUACAUAGAAGAAGCUGAAGGGUCGCGUGAUCUGACCGCAGCAAGAUCUACUUUAGAAAGGACCAGACUGGAACGCACAAGCGACUAUGUACAAUCUCAAAUAGACAGGCAGGCUCGUCUCCCCUCUCCAUACGUAUUCGAUAACUUCCCCAGCUACGAGGAACCUCAGAGAGUCACGAUUGCAUCACAUCCAUACGAGGAAGGAAAUUUACCCUCACGGCUCCGUGAUGAAGUCAAGAAUGAAAGAACCGACAACGCUCCUUCACCCCCACAACAGGACGGCGGGGAGGGAGAGGUUCACUCCAGGACAACAAUUGUCAGCUCGAACUGUACAGAAGUUUGCGGUCAAACUCAGUCAAGCCGUUCUUGUUCCAAGAUCUGCCUCACUGAGGUGUACCCUAAAGAAGCACAACAAGACAUUACCAAGCGUAAAGUAACCGACGAGACGCUAGGUCAGUCAGUUUUCGUUCAAACCGAGCACGGAAACAAACUUGCACAAUCAGCUCAAGAUACCAUUUCUUUAAAACCCAAAGACACCAAGGUCUUCAGAGAUGAAGCAAAUAAUGGGGUUGCCCCAUUGCCUUUCAGAGAACCACGCCAGCGCUCACCAGAUAACAAAGAGCAGGCAGUCAAACAGUUCACGUCCUUACGGAAAACCCGGAAAAGGAAACCUGAGAUGCAGCAACACACCCUAUUGGCCCACGAGGUACUGUGCACCCUAAUGGCAGAGGUCACAGCCAUUAUAAACGCACAAUCAUUCCUACCUGUGUCUUCUGACCCAGAAAACCCCUUUAUACUUUCGCCAUCAACGCUCCUUAUGCAGAAGGCAGGAGCACCUCCUCCACCAGGAGACUUUUCAGACAGGGAUCUGUACACAAAGCAAUGGAGACAAGUCCAGGCUCUGGCAAAUCAGUUCUGGCCUCGCUGGAGACAAAAAUAUCUACCUUUGUUGCAACAGAGACAAAAGUGGACAGAACCCCGCAGGAAUCUUCAAGUUGGAAACUUAGUCCUGCUCAGGGACAAGCAAGUCGCUCGCAACAGCUGGCCAACGGCCAGAAUCACUGUUACAUUCCCUAGCGAGGAUGGACAUGUCAGGAAGAUCGAAUUGAAGACUACCGACCAAGGCGAUGUGAAAAUUUACCAAGGGCCAGUUACAGAAGUUAUUCUACUUCUACCCAAUGACUGAUUAAGAGACUAAGUUUUGUACUCUGCUCAUUGUGACCUUACGAAGGUCAAGCGGGGAGUGUGCUGUCUUUACGACAGUUAUUUAGUUUAUAAUAUUUUCGCUUAGUAAUUCAUUCAAUAGUAUUUUCUAGUUAGAAUUAGAAGUGUUUAAAGUAUAUUCAUUGCAUGUAAAAUAUAUCGGCAUGCGAUGACGUCACAUCCGGUUUCGCCGCGUCUUGUGGGAAAACACCGGUUUGAAAUUAGCGCGAGGGUGGGGGCUUUCCACGAGGCUCACCUGAGCACAAGCAGUUUUGCAGGCAUGAGAAAUCACAGUGAGAGCAACGCUGUAAGUUAAUAGAUAAUCGAUAUAUUGAACUAAGAUAUUAAUGCUGAUCCUGUUAGAGGUAACGACGGUAGAUAAUGUUUAUGCUUUCGUUAGUUAAAGAGUCGCGGAUAGUUUGCAUGGAAGUGUAUUUAAAGUGGUCAAUGGAGCAGGUAAACUCUCCCUGUAUACUGCACCUUAGUGUAAUGUAGUUAUAGUCACCUUUGCAAGUAUUUACACUUGAAAUGUGAUAUUAAGGAAGGAACAAAUACUGUAUCAAUCUUGUAUUGUUUUAUCAACAGUUUUCACCAUAUGUUAAUGUGAAGAGUGAACAGUAAAUGGUUA